ACGAAAAGUAUAUCAAAUAGAAUUCAAUUCUCUACAGUCACGAUAUGUCUAAUGACUCAAACACAAUCGAAGAGAAAAAUUCAUUGUGCAAAUGUUUCAAAAGAGUUGAUUUCAGUGUUAUUAAGUAACCAUACUAAACGUGUUUUUUUUUUCAUUUGAUGUUGACAACUGUGUCGUAAUGUCGUAAUUGUGAUACAAACAGUUCAUACUUUUAAUUACGAAUUUUAAAUUAGGACUUACCUAUACUCGUUUUAUUCGUCCCUUUUAUUGGUAUUAUAUACAAAGAAGAAAAAAAAACAUUUUCCCGCCAUUAGUACUGUCAAAAUAAUUUUAAUGUUAAAAUAGUUGUUUAGCAAAUUACUUAUUUAACGUUAAUACAUUAAUUAUUUAAUAAACGAGUUACUAAAAUUAUAGGACAAUAAAAUGGCAGAAUCUAACGAUGUUCAAACAUUAGAAAAAAUAUCUACCGAAGUGGACGAGUCUCAAUUUAAAAUUAUUUUAUCUAGCCAAUGCAUUAAAGCUCAGGCCUAUUUAGUUGAUAAAUUACGAAAGCAAUCAGAACAACAGAAACAAGUAUGUAACUUCAUUAGCAACGGAAAUUUGAAAUUAGAGACGGAAAUUAAAAUUGCUGAGCAAGAAGUUCAAAGUUUGCAAUAUGCUCUUGAUACUAUUAAAACAGCAAAUGUAGAGCUUAAAAAAGAAUUGCUAAUUGCUAAAGAAAGAAAGGUAGCCGUUAUUGAGAGAGUAAAUAAUGGUAUCAAAAAAUAUAAUGAACUUUGGAUAGUCUCAAAGAAACGUUACGAAAGUAUCCCAUUUAUCCAAAAUUACCUUCAAACUAAGGAGAAGAGUAAAACCUUACAAGACAAUAUAUUAAGCCUGACAAACGAAACACAAAAAUUGAGAAAUGAUAUCAACAUAAGAAAAAGGGAACUAGCGAAUUUAGAUAGAAAAUACAUAAUAGAGUUAGCCAAUUUCAUAAUACAUGAGCGACCACAAAUCUUACAAAGAAUACAGGAAAAGAACAGCAAAGUUGUGGAAUUACUUAAUGAUAUUAAAAACAUAACUAAGGAAUUUAAUCCGAUCUCAAAUAAAACAGCUAUAUCAACGCCUAAUACAUCAAUACAAAAUACUACAGGAAUUGACAUACACAUAGAAGAUUCUUGGCCUAAUUUGACUACAGGCAUUGACAAUGCAAUGUAUGUACUAACACUAGUAUACAUUUUUUUUCAGCUGCCAAAAUUACAGCUUCGUAAUAUAGAUUUAGAUAUUCUUUCCAUUAAAUUAGAUCAGGUACCUACUUGUCUUUUUUUGCGAACUAUUAAGAAAGUUGAUUCUCAAAGCGCAUUUAAAAGAACUGAAUCUGAAAAAUUAGCACUAGACUUAAUUCCUACAAAAAAAAUUAGAUCUGAUGAAACGGUUAAAGAUGUAUAUGUAUCUUCAUAUUUCGAAUCUCCUAAGAAAAGUGCUAAUGAUACUGGAACAAAUGAAUGUCAACGAAAAAGCUAUUCAGAGAAGAAAUUGAUACACAUUCUGGAAGAUAUAAAGUUAGACAGUGCAGAGACUUAUAGCAUCGUUUCUAAUAUAAAGUCAAGUUCUUUAAAAGAUGUGGAUGUUAUCAAUUCUGAAGUUCAGAAAGAACCAAUAAACUCCAAAAAAUGUGACCAGGAAAAGGAUGACACUCCAAAAGAAAAUGAAAAUAUCGAAGUUAUAGAUAUAACUAAAAACCAGUCUCAAACCAUAAUAAUACCACCUACACAAUUUUUGGAUCUAUCUGAGAAUUCUCAAGAAAGAAAAGACACAUUCGAUUCACUUGUAUCAAUUCGAAGUGCAAAUAUUGUUAUCGACAUGGAAAAAAGUAAAGAUGAUGAUAAUUAUUCAAAAGAUAUUCAAAAUAAUCAAAUGAAUAUUAGUACGGCUAGUGAGGACAGUUACAUAAAAAUUAAAGAGAUCAUAUUUAAGAAACACAAUUUGGAUCUAUCACCACAAUUUACAUAUACUAAAAACUCUUCCAUAUCAAUGAGGCCAGAUACACAUGCUGUUACAUCGAAGUUUUUCCUUGGGAAGUCUGAUGUUUUUGAUAAUUCACAAAAGGUGCAGGUUAUGGAAAUCGAAGAUCACCCUGAUGAAAAAAUAGACAGUCCGCAUCUUGAAGAUCAAGUAAAAACCAAUGAAGUUAAAAACAACAUGGAUAAUCAAAAUGUCAAUGAUACUGCACAAAAAGAUAUUCCAGUAGCUGGGUUUUUAUUUACUCAUGGUCCCCAAGGAAUACCAGACUCGUUAAAUAUUUCAACUAGUACUACUGGCUUUGAGGAUACUGAUGCUGACUAUCCUCACUGUAUUGAUUCCAGCCUUCUUUUGUCUCCUAAAGCAGAUAUUCAAUUGCCUGAUACAAAUAAUAAUAAUAAUAAUCAACAAGUACUCUCGCAAGAUGUGCCUAACUUUUUGUCAGGUAUGCGAAAGACUGGCUUUUCGUUUUUUGAAAAACCAUCAUCUGAUAAUAGAUCUGACACUUCUGAACAAAAUCAAAACAGUAAUUUCACUUUCUCUUUUGGAGGAAAUGAGAAGAAAAAUAGAGGUGGUUUCUUCAGUAUGUUUCAUUAAAAUAAUAUAUUCUUUUUCUGUUCACAACUACCCAAAAUGUUAAAUAUCAGUGGACCAAGACUUAACUGUGUAAUAAGAACUCAUGUAUGAUGAUACAGAUUUUCUAUGUAUAAAUUUAUUAAAUGUACCCAUUAUUACUUUAGAAAUUUCUUUAGUAUACUAUAAACAAUAAUUUAUAAUGAACAUGUGUAAUAAAAAUUAACCUAGACAUCAAAUUUACAUAAGUCGGGGUAUAAUUUUUAAUGCAAUACUUGUUAUUUCAUUUUCAUGUUAUGCUACAGUUUAAUUACUCUAGAUUCAAUAAAUUUUUGAUUAUGAAAA